AUGGUAUCUACAACCGAAGCAUUGAUCAGCAAGUACCAGGAACUGUUCAGGAAAACCACAGAGCACCCGCUAACGAAGGAGCUAUGCCAAGGAACCCUUCCUGACAGAACCCUUUACAUAUACUUGGCGCAGGACCUGCUGUUUUUCCAGUCGGGCAUGAGAGGCAUGUGCAAUACUGCCUCGAUGGCCCCGGAUACCGAAAGUCUGAUCACACUGGCCAAGCAGAUCGGGUUCUUCGCCAACGCCGAGAACACCUACUUCCACGACUGUCUGAAACUACUGGAACCCGCUGUCACUGAGCAGGAGCGCAAGUUCUACCUGAGCGACUACUUACCAGAAGUCAAGGUCUACAUGGAUCUGCUCCAAGAAAAGAGGGCCAGGCGCGAUCUCUACAGGUACCCGCAGCUGAUCACCGCGAUGUGGAUCGCAGAGCUCGUCUACUGGAAAUGGGCCCACGAUCUGCCAAGAAAGCCCAACCUGCACUGGAAACACCAGAAAUGGAUCGACCUACACGACGGCGAGCGGUUCGAGACCUGGCUCGAGUUCCUACGGAAGGAGACAGACAAGCUCAAGAUCGAGGAAGUCGAAGAUAUGUUUAAAAAGACGCUGCAACUAGAGUACGACUUCUUUCAAAGUUGCUAUACAGCCUAA